AUGGAUACACACUUCUGGUCCCCCGGCCAUAGUGAUGAUGUUCCUCAAGAUGAUGAGAAGUGGUUUCUAACUCUUUUGGUAGAGGACACUAGCAAUUUUUCUUCUCCUUAUCAUUGUGGCGACUGUCUGGAGAAUAUUGAUCCUUUUGAUGUCGAUGAAUGUUCCCGGGAUUGCGAUUCAUGCAGCAAGAUGUGGCAUCUUGAUUGCAUCCCAGACUCACCGGACGAUAUAAACCAUCCGUUCCACUCAUACCAUCCGCUGGAGCUUCUCAUCGAUGUCCCACAACCACCUGAUCAACCCAAGGGGAGAUGCGAUGCAUGCCAGCAAGAGCUCAAUAGCUACUUCUACCAUUGUUCCCUAUGCGAUUUCAGCAUGCACGUGAGGUGUUCCAAGAACCCACCACCACCGAUUGUGGAAACUCCGAAGUGCCACGAGCAUACACUGACAUGUAUGGUUAGAAAUGACACCUUCACAUGCAACGCUUGUGGUACCCAUGGUGAACUAUGCCCUUAUGUAUGCGCUCCCUGCGGUGUCAUGUUCCACCAGGAAUGUAUCGACCUACCACAUGUCAUAAAUAUCAAUCGCCACGACCACCGGGUCUCUCACGCCUAUUCUCUUGGUUUCGGGAAUAGGAAAUGUAUGAUUUGUCUCAAGGUGGUGGAUUGGAGGUACGGAGCUUAUUCAUGUUCGACAUGUCCUGAUUAUGUCGUUCACUCCAAAUGUGCAACUAGACUUGAUGUGUGGGACGGGGAAGAGCUCGAAGGGGUGCCUGAGGAAUAUUUUGAUGUAUCUCCAUUCGAAGUGAUCGAAGAGGGAGUUUCAAUUAAACAUUUCUCCCAUGAAGAACAUAUAUUAUACAGGAUUGAAGAUGAUGAAGAUGAUAUACUUGAUGGAAGCAUGCGUUGUGAAGCUUGCGUCCAUCCUAUAUUUUCUGAGACGCACUACAAGUGUAUGGAUGGAUGCGAGUUUAUCCUCCACGAAGCAUGUGCUAAUCUUCCUCUUCGAAAACGACACUGGCUUUCCACGACACCGUUUUAUCUAAACGCCAAUAACGAUGAAACAAACGAAUCUAUGUUUCGAUGUGGUGCAUGUCAGACAAUAUCCAAUGGUUUCAGGUACGAGAGUGAUGAAGGAGUAACGCUAGAUAUGCGAUGUGCGUUCGUGAUCUCAGCGUAUUGUGAUUAUGAAUGUCACCCACAUACCCUCUUUCUCACUAUAAUGGACAAGGGCUUUUGUGGGGGCUGUAAGCUCACCAAAAAGCAUGUGCUGCGUUGUACUGAAUCUGAAUGUGAUUUCUCCUUGUGCUUGGUCUGUGCUACUCUACCGAAAAAGAUCGAACGCAAGGCUUACGAGCAUUUUCUAUUCUUGUGCCAUGGUGAGAAAGCCAGCGGCCCCAAUGACACGUGA